UGUGGCAGAGCCAGGCAAGCAGUAUGCGGAGCAGCUGAUGCGCUUACGGGGCUAAAAAUAAUCAACUUUUUUUUUUCUCCCCCUCUCAGCGUAAAUCGUGUCUUUUCCUCUUCUUCCUUCCCUCUGUCUGUUUUCUUAAUUUUUUCCUAUCUUUCUUUCUUUUUUUUGUCAGAAGAAAACAACCCAAACAAAAACCCCGGCAUCGGGCAUGACACGGUGCCAGUGAGGAUCGUUACUCUUCUCCGAGACUGACUCGAGGCUUGUGUGGCGCAGCCCCGGUGGUGGCAUGGCCUUGUCGUUUUGCGGCAACGACGACGAUAUCAAUGCCUACAGCGUGGACGAGGGCGUGCUGAACAAUGGCUGCUUCGUGGACGCUCUCAACCUGGUUCCCCACGUCUUCCUGCUCUUCAUCACCUUCCCCAUCCUCUUCAUCGGUUGGGGCAGUCAAAGCUCCAAGGUCCAGAUCCAUCAUAACACAUGGCUCCAUUUCCCCGGCCACAACCUGAGGUGGAUCCUCACCUUCUCGCUGCUGUUCGUCCAUGUCUGCGAGUUUGCGGAGGGCAUCGUCUCCAACAAUAGGAUGAUGGGAACCAAUCACCUCCAUCUCUACAUGCCAGCAUUCAUGGGUUUCAUAGCAGCAACAACAUCAGUGGUUUACUACCACAACAUAGAGACAUCCAACUUUCCCAAACUGCUGCUUGUCCUUUUCAUUUACUGGGUGUUGGCGUUCAUCACAAAGUCCAUUAAGCUCUGGAAGUAUGCAGAGUACAAUGUUGGACCACAGCACCUGAGGUUCUGUAUAACAGCCCUGUUAGUGGUCCUGUAUGGACUACUAAUGGCUGUGGAGAUCAACGUCAUAAGGGUCAGGAAAUAUGUGUUCUUUGCCAAUCCUCAGAAGGUGAAGCCGCCAGAGGAUUUACAGGAUUUGGGGGUUCGCUUUCUGCAGCCAUUUGUCAACCUGCUCUCCAAGGCGACGUAUUGGUGGAUGAAUCCUCUCAUCAUGGGAGCCCAUAAAAGACCUAUAGAGCUGAAGAGGAUCGGCAAGCUGCCCAUCGCCAUGAGAGCCCUCACCAACUACCUGCAGCUCAAAGAUGCCUACGAGGAUCAGAGGACAGCGGAGGAUCCGGAUCGAGCCCCGUCAAUCUGGCGUUCCAUGUAUCGAGCGUUUGGACGUCCCAUCCUGCUCAGCAGCACCUUCCGCUACCUGGCGGAUCUGCUGGGCUUCGCCGGGCCUCUCUGCAUCUCUGGCAUUGUAAAGUACCUGAAGGCUGACGAUGACGACGCCACAUCAGACAAGAUCAAGGAGACCUAUUUUGGUGUCUACUUCAUGUCUUCCUCUAAGCUGCUGCAGAACACUUCAGUCCUGGCUGUUCUCCUCUUCCUGGCUCUAAUCUUGCAGAGGACCUUCUUGCAGGCCUCGUACUACGUCACCAUAGAAACCGGCAUCAACCUGCGGGGAGCCCUGCUGGCGAUGAUUUACAACAAAAUCCUGCGUCUGUCCACCUCCAACAUGUCGAUGGGGGAGAUGACGCUGGGGCAGAUCAACAACUUGGUGGCCAUAGAGACCAACCAGCUGAUGUGGUUUCUAUUCCUCUGCCCCAACCUGUGGGCCAUGCCCGUGCAGAUUGUGAUGGGAGUGAUCCUGCUGUACUAUUUAUUGGGCUUCAGCGCCCUAGUUGGAGCGUCUGUCAUAGUCCUGCUGGCUCCGAUCCAAUACCUCAUAGCCACAAAGCUGGCUGACACACAGAAAAACACACUAGAACAUUCUACGGAUCGUCUGAAAAAGACCACAGAGAUCUUAAAGGGCAUAAAGCUGCUGAAGCUGUACGCCUGGGAGAACAUCUUCUGCGACAGCGUGGAGGAGACCAGAGGCAAAGAGCUCACCAGCCUCAAGACCUUCGCUUUCUACACAUCCAUGUCCAUUUUCAUGAAUGCUGCUAUUCCCAUUGCUGCCGUUCUUGCGACGUUUGUGAUGCACCACUUCAUCAACAAAACUGGUCCCAGUCCUUCUGAGGCCUUCGCAGCUCUGGCGUUGUUCCACAUCCUGGUCACCCCUCUCUUCCUUCUCUCCACUGUUGUCAGAUUUGCCGUGAAGGCUCUGGUCAGUGUCCAGAAGCUUGGUGAGUUUCUCCAGAGUGACGAAAUUGGAGACGACAGCUGGAGAAAUGGGGACAUGUCUGUCUGCAUGGAAGCUGGAAAAAAACACCUGGGGGCGACCAAAGCCAUCAACAGGAAACAGCCAAUGCGCUACCAGAUGGACAACUACGAGCAGCCGACCAGGCGACAGAUGAGACCCACAGAGACGGAGGAUGUGGCUGUAAAGGUGAGCAAUGGAUUCUUCACCUGGGGAAGCAACCUGUCGACACUGUCGGACAUCAACAUCCGCAUCCCGACAGGUGAGCUGACUAUGAUUGUGGGCCAGGUGGGUUGUGGGAAAUCUUCCCUGCUGCUGGCAAUGCUUGGCGAGAUGCAAACCAUCGACGGAAGAGUCUACUGGAGCAACAAGAACAGACACUCCGUGGCCUACGCUGCCCAGAAGUCCUGGCUGCUCAACGCCACAGUGGAGGACAACAUCACCUUUGGCAGCCCUUUCAGUAAACAGAGGUACAAAGAAGUGAUUGAUGCUUGCUCUCUGCAGCCAGACAUUGACCUGUUGCCUUUUGGAGACCAGACUGAGAUUGGAGAGAGGGGCAUCAACCUGAGUGGGGGUCAGAGACAGCGAAUCUGUGUGGCCAGAGCUCUCUACCAGAACACCAACAUCGUCUUCCUGGACGAUCCAUUCUCAGCGUUGGACAUCCACCUCAGCGAUCACCUGAUGCAGGAAGGAAUCCUCAAGUUUCUGCAGGAUGAUAAACGGACUGUAGUCCUGGUCACCCACAAACUGCAGUACCUCAUUCAUGCAGACUGGAUCAUAGCAAUGAAGGACGGCUCUAUCCUGAGGGAGGGAACCCUGAAAGACAUUCAGACUCAUGAUGUUGAGCUUUAUGAUCACUGGAAAACCCUGAUGAACAGACAAGACCAGGAGCUGGAGAAGGACAUACAGCAGGACAGCCAAACAACGCUAGAGAGGAAAACACUGAGGAGAGCUUUCUACUCCAGAGAGGCCAAGAACCAAAUAGAUGAUGAGGAUGAAGAGGAAGAAGAGGAGGAGGAAGAUGAUGACAACAUGUCCACGACCACCAACAGACGAUCAAAAAUCCCGUGGAAGGUCUGCUGGUGUUACCUGUCCUCUGGUGGUUUCUUCAUGGUCUUCCUCAUGGUGUCCUCUAAACUCCUCAAACACUCUGUCAUUGUUGCCAUUGACUACUGGUUGGCCUUCUGGACGUCUUCCAAAACCAAUCAAAAUGCGUCCGCUGGAGCCGUGUCCAACGCAACCGGCCAGGCUGACAGUAUGAGCAAGAACGCCACACAGCCUGGGCAAGGCUCGUACCACCUGCCAGUGUUUAUUAUCCUGUGUGCAGCUGGAAUCACCUUAUGCCUCAUCACCUCUCUCACCGUGGAGUUUCUGGGUCUUACUGCGGCCACCAACCUGCACCACAACCUGCUCAACAAGAUCAUCCACGCUCCCAUCAGGUUCUUCGACAUAACCCCCCUGGGGCAGAUCCUCAACAGAUUCUCAGCCGAUACUAACAUCAUUGACCAGCACAUUCCUCCUACACUGGAGUCUUUGACAAGAUCCACAUUGCUCUGCUUGUCAGCCAUCGGGGUCAUAUCCUCCAUCACUCCUUUUUUUCUGAUCGCCUUGGUCCCCCUGGCCAUCGCCUUCUACUUCAUCCAGAAGUACUUCCGGGUGGCCUCCAAGGACCUCCAGGACCUCGAUGACUCCACACAGCUUCCUCUGCUCUGCCACUUCUCUGAGACCGCCGAAGGUCUCACCACAAUAAGAGCGUUCAGACACGAGGCUCGUUUUAAACAGCGCAUGCUGGAGCUGACUGACACCAAUAACACAGCCUACCUGUUUCUGUCUGCCGCCAACCGCUGGCUGGAGGUCCGAACGGACUACCUUGGAGCAGUGAUAGUGCUGACAGCAGCGGGAGCCUCUAUAUGGAGUUUAAGUUAUGAUCUGUCCUCUGUCGGCCUGGUCGGCCUCGGACUCACCUACGCCCUCACUGUCACCAACUACCUGAACUGGGUUGUGAGGAACCUGGCAGACCUGGAGGUCCAGAUGUCGGCUGUGAAGAAGGUCAACAGCUUCCUCAGCACAGAGUCGGAGGACUAUGAGGGAUCUAUGGACAACUCUCAGGUGCCCGAGAACUGGCCCCAGGACGGUGAGAUCAAGAUCCAGGACCUGUGUGUGCGCUACGAUCCCAUGCUCAAACCGGUGCUGAAACACGUCAACGCCUACAUCAAACCGGGCCAGAAGGUGGGAAUCUGCGGUCGCACAGGCAGCGGCAAGUCCUCCCUGUCGCUGGCCUUUUUCAACAUGGUGGACAUUUUCGAAGGGAAGAUCGUCAUCGACGGGAUCGACAUCUGCAGGCUUCCUCUGCAGACCCUCAGGUCCCGACUCUCCAUCAUCCUCCAGGAUCCCGUGUUGUUCAGCGGAUCGAUAAGGUUUAACCUUGACCCAGAGAGGACGUGCACUGACGACCGACUCUGGGAGGCGCUAGAGAUCGCCCAGCUGAAGAACAUGGUGAAGGCUCUGCCCGGAGGCCUAGAUGCCGUCGUGACAGAAGGCGGCGAGAACUUCAGCGUCGGUCAGAGGCAGCUCUUCUGUCUGGCCAGAGCUUUUGUCAGAAAGAGCAGCAUCCUCAUCAUGGAUGAAGCCACAGCAUCUAUAGACAUGGCAACGGAGAAUAUCUUACAAAAAGUUGUGAUGACAGCAUUUGCAGACAGAACAGUCGUUACAAUCGCACACCGUGUCCACACCAUCCUGACAGCUGAUCUGGUCAUUGUGAUGAAGCGGGGCAACAUUUUGGAGUAUGACAAACCUGAGACUCUUUUGGAGCAGGAGGACGGGAUGUUCGCUUCGUUCGUCAAAGCCGACAUGUAGACACACAAACUGUCAGCAUUCGGAUCAGUUGGUUGAUCUACUCUACUCCUUUUUAUUUGAUUUUUUUUUUCAAACU